GCAGAGCAACAAGCAGGAGCGAGUCUGCUACACGGCGUUCAUUAUUAAUGUCGCGCUGAGUGUUUUAUUUCCGCAGCGUUCACUGACUGUCUAGGAUAUAAACUCUGCAGAAACUUCCUCACAUUUCUACCCCGGUUUUCCCGAAGUGGAGAGCGCAGGAGCUGGGGUCAAAUCAUGGGCUGUGCUGCGGGUGAAGGUCGAGAAUGAUGGCAGAACAGAUGGAUCAGAGUGAUGAUGUGGGCCUGGUAAUCCCGCCAGAGACCAGUGACCCUCAAAAAGAGGAUGAGCCACAGUGUCCCCAGCAUUUCAGACAAGGCAUCAUGCUGCAGCUGAUAGAUGAUCUCUCAUACGAAGAUGUAAAGAAAUGCUAUCGGGGAUCAACUGUUAGCAAGUACAACUCUCAGUACCACAAACUUUUCCAGAACAUUCCCAAAGAGGAGAUCCUCAUGAAAGUGUACUCGUGUGCUCUCCUGAGGGAUAUCUUACUGCAAGGACGACUCUAUAUCUCCCGCAACUGGCUGUGUUUCUACGCUAACCUGUUUGGCAAGGACAUUAAGGUGGCUAUACCUGUAGUCUCUGUUCGUCUGGUGAAGAAGCACAAAACAGCUGGCCUGGUCCCUAAUGGUCUUGCCAUCACAACAGACACCAGUCAGAAGUAUGUUUUUGUCUCACUCCUGUCGCGCGACAGUGUGUAUGAAGUCCUCAGGAGAAUCUGCACCCAUCUGCAGGUCAAUGGAAAGAAAAGCCUGAGCCUAAAGCAGUAUCUAGAAGAGCCUGGCUCACUGUCUACCGAUGAGUUCCCAGUCAACAGCACUUACCCUGCAGUGUUAAAAUGGCGCAGGAAGCCUUCAGCACCAUCCGUCUCCUCUUCUCUACCUGAUCUGUUGGGAAAUUCCUCCAGCAGCGGUGGAAAUCCUCCGUUUGUCAGUGAAACACAACUGCAUGAAAGACGUCUCGAGGCUGAGAAUAUUCUGCUGACUGAACCUGUACCAGAACUAGGUCACAUGGAAUAUCAGCUUCUCAAGUUCUUCAUCUUGCUUAUUAUCCUGCUGAUUAUGUCUUCUUGUUACCUGGCCUUUCGUGUGUGCAGUCUGGAACAGCAGCUCUCCUUCCUCAACACACAGCCUACCUUAAACAUGAGAGAGAGGUAACAAAAGUUGAAAACCCACCUGACUCCUGUCCAGUGUUAGCAUGAUCAAUUUUUACUGAUCCACUACUGACCAACAGCAGACGAGGGAAAGACGCUUGUCGGCUGUUGCCUCUUUUGUCUGGACUAAACUUGCUCAACACGUAGAGUAGAUCAGGAGGGCCACUGCAGUGCACUUUGCCUAUGGUACUUGUUAUUCUGACUUUCCAUUCUGGGAGCUUUCUGACGUUCUAUACCAGCAAAACCAAGAGGCAGUUACAACGCCACGUUUCAUUUUCAAACGUCUAUCAUUACAAGAGAAUCACUGCUGAAAGGUGGUCAUAGUGCCAGUGAAAUUUGUUUGUCCUGUUCUUUUGGAAAGUACAUAGAGAGGAAAUGCAGUUUAGGUAGGACGAAUCAUAUCAGGCAGCACUGUGGUUUAGUAAUCACCAUGCUUUACACGUACAGGGAUUACAUUUCACCUCUGUUCUGUGUGUGAGUGUGUGUGUGUGUGUGUGUGAGUGUGUGUGUGAGUGUG